AUGGUAAACAAUGAGUCUGAAAAUGAUAAAACUAUUGUUUUAUUGUCUACUGCUAUCGUUCUGAUCAGAAAUAAGAGAGGGCAAGAAUGUCCCCUGCGAUUUCUUAUCGACUCUGGUAGUGAGAAGAAUUUUGUAACUUCUCGUGCGUGUCGUCAGCUAGGCUUGUAUAUUAAACCUGUCUAUUCAACUGUCACUGGGUUUGGCGGUCAAUCAAGUAAGGUUCAAGGUCGAGCGUCGUUCACAAUUCGUUCUCACGCUGACACUACAUUUUCGUUUGCUGUUGAUGCGUUGGUAGUUGAAAAAAUACUUGACAGAUUACCAUCUCGUGAAGUUGAUGUGUCUAAGUUGUCCUACUUGAAAUCAUUGAAAUUGGCGGAUGAUAAAUUUUUCAUCCCUGGAAAAUUGGAUGGUAUUUUGGGUGCCGAAUUCUUUCCCGAUCUUAUCAAUAAUUACCAAUCUCAUCAAGAGGUAGGUUCAGUCAAAUUAGUUGACAGUAAACUGGGUUUUAUUGUUAUGGGUCGAGCCCCAGUUUUGAACUCGUCACAAAAUAAACAAUUCAAUAAUUGUUUGCUCGUCUCUAGUCCACCUUUGAAUGACCUAGUACAGAGGUUUUGGGAGGUUGAAGAUUGUCCUAAAUCGGGGAAUGAUCUUACACCUGCCGAGUUGGAUUGUGAAAAUAAUUUUCGUUCGUCUGUUCGUCGUUUGGAAUCAGGUCGAUUCGUGGUAUCCUUGCCGUUUGAAAAAUCAGCUGAUUGUUUGGGUGAUUCAUAUUCUAUGGCUAAACGGAGAUUGACAAAUUUGGAAAAUCGUCUCGCUCGCUCCGAAGAUAUUAAGAUCGCAUACCACGAAAUAAUGUUGGAUUAUUUGCGCCAAGGGCACAUGACCUUGAUUGAGGAUCAGGAAAAUAAACAGGGGUAUUAUAUUCCUCACCACGCAAUCGUGAAGGCUCGUAGUACUACUACACCUGUAAGAAUCGUUUAUGAUGCAAGCGCUAAAACUACGACUGGUUUGUCAUUGAAUUCGAUUCUCCAUGCUGGUCAGAAGUUACAGACGAACAUUUUCGUGUUGCUAUUGAAUUUUCGUCUUUUUGCAAUUGGAGUGACAGGUGAUUUGAAACAGAUGUAUCGUCAAAUAUUUGUGAGUGAAUCUUGCCGUGAAUUUCAGCGGGUGUUAUGGAGAUUUUCGGUAGACGAUCCUGUUGAAACCUAUGAAAUAAAUUGUGUCGUAUUUGGUAUCACUUCCUCUCCGUACUUGGCUUUGAGAACUAUCCAUGAGUUGGUUGAGAGGGAAGGCGAUAAUUUUCCGGAUGCUAAAGCUCGCAUUCCUACAGAUAUGUUCAUGGACGAUUUGGUAACGUCUGUCCCUUCUGUAAGUGACGCGAAAAAAUUGUGUAGUCAGGCCAAAGAGCUGUUUAAAGCUGGUGGAUUUGAAUUGACUAAGUUUGCGUCAAAUUCGGAGGAGCUGAUGACAAGUCUCAAUGAUAGUGAAAGGUCCUUGUUGUCCAAAGAAUUCAAUAUCGAAAAUUCAUUAGCCAUAUUAGGUCUAGAGUGGCAACCAUUUUCCGAUUCGUUUCGUUUUUUCGUCUCACAGGGUCACUCUAUUGCCACAAAACGGAAUAUAUUAUCCGCUGUGGCGCGAAUCUAUGAUCCUCUAGGACUAGUGGCUCCUCUCACGUUGUUUUUGAAAUGUCUUAUAAAAGAAUUAUGGCGUAUUGGUUCAGAUUGGGAUGAAAAACCGCCUGAUUCUAUUGCAUCUCAGUGGGAGAUAUGUCAAACAGAAUUUCAAUCUUUGUCGAAUUUGUCCAUUCCUCGUCACUUAGGAGUAUUUGUUGGUUCCAAGAUUACAUUAAUUUGUUUUUGCGAUGCAAGUCAGUCUGGCUAUGGAGCUGUGAUCUAUUUGAAAUCACAGGAAAAAGAUGGUAGUUCUUCAACAGUAACGCUGCUGUGUGGAAAAUCGAAGGUUGCACCGAGUAAAACUCUAUCAAUACCGAGAUUGGAAUUGUGCGCUGCUCUUCUCCUAGUCAAUCUACUUGAAGCUACCCUCUCUGUCCUCGAACUUCGUUGUAAAAUCGUCCGAGUUGUCGCUUUGUCGGACUCAACUGUUGUUCUCCAUUGGAUAAGAGGUUCGCCGUCGCGUUGGCAAACGUUCGUGGCUAAUCGGGUCUCGAAAAUUCAAAACUCACGCAUUGAUUGUUGGAUGCAUGUUUCUGGUGAGGAAAAUCCCGCCGAUUGUUUAUCGCGUGGUCUUAAACCAAUGGAUCUCAUUAAUCACGAGACAUGGUGGACAGGACCCCACUGGUUGACUAUGGAGGAAAAUCACUGGCCUGUAAAAUUUGAAAUUGAAGAAAUAGAGUGUCCACCUGAAAUGAAAUCUUCAAAUGUUGGAACGGUUGUGAUAGUGGAUCAGCCUAAUCUUCCCCAUUGA